UGAGAGUAUAAAAGAGGCAGCAAACCACCUCCCUGUCUGCCACCAUGUCUUUCUCUGGAAAAUACCAGCUGGAGUCUCAGGAGAACUUUGAGCCUUUCAUGAAGGCCAUCGGUCUCCCUGAUGAACUCAUCCAGAAAGGCAAAGACAUUAAGAGCAUCUCUGAGAUUGAGGAGAACGGUGACAACUUCAAAGUGACGGUCACCACCGGCUCAAAGGUCCUCGUCAACACCUUCACUGUCGGAAAGGAGGCAGAGCUGGAGACCCUCACCGGGGAGAAGGCCAAGGCGGUGGUUCAUCGUGAUGGCAACAAACUGAGGGUCUCCCUGAAGGGAAUUGAGUCUGUCACAGAACUGGUGGAUGGGAACACAAUUGUCAAUACUAUGACUCUUGGCAGCAUUGUAUACAAGAGGACGAGCAAACGCAUGUAAAUGUGCACUUGGGAUAAUAAAAUGUGAAAGGCA